AUGGCAGAGUUGGGGGGCCUGGCAGAGUCCUCGCUGGGGCUUGGUGCACCCGGUAACCAGGGCAACAAGCCUAUAGCCUACAUCCAAGGUGGUAUCCAUGCCCGGGAGUGGGUCAGCCAAGCUACCAUGAUGGGACUCGUCAAACAGCUUAUCGAUGGGUACAACACAAAUGAUAAAGUAAAAGCAAUGUUGGAUACCUUUGACUGGUAUAUUGUACCUGUAUUAAACCCCGACGGAUACUCAUACACAUGGACAAACGACCGUAUGUGGCGUAAAAACAGACGCACGGCUGACGGAAACGUUUGCACAGGAAUCGACCUCAACAGAAAUUAUGCCUAUGAAUGGGGAGGUGAUGAAGCUAGCCCAGUGAGCUGCAGUGAGACCUACCGGGGUCCUAGACCACUCUCGGAGCCCGAGCACCGGGGUGUAACCAGCUUUCUUCUUGAAAACAACAAACCAAUGGUGUUCAUCUCUUCUUGGAUGUUCACAGCUACGGACAGUACUGGCUCUACCCAUGUGGCUACACGGGCUCGAAAACUGUCCCCCUGCCCGAUAGACGCGAUCUGGUAG